AUGCGCGUUGCAAAGUCUCUUGGUGUUCACGUGAAUGGAUCUCGUCUGGGACUGGAUCCAUUUGAGACCGAGACCAGACGCAGGCUCUGGUGGCAUUUGACCGCUCUUGAUGCCACAGCGCCUGAGAAUCACGGCUUCAACUCCACGUCAGUAGACAACGAUCAUACAUUGUUUCUGCCAAAUAACAUCGACGACGUGGACAUGUCUCUGGAAACAUUGCAAACCCCGAUUGGAAAAGGCCAAUGGACGGAAAUGUCUUUCUCCAUCCUGAACAUGGACCUGUGUCGCAGGUUAAGGCACACUGUCACUGCAACCACCAAGGACGACAAUGAUACGAAAUCAAACUUAAUCGACAAAGUAGAACGUAUAAUCCGCCAGAAGUGGUUAGAUUCUGGGGACUUGAUGCUGCCUACUUGCCGGGCUGCAGAUGCGUUACUCAAGAUCUCAAUUUUGAAGGCACAUUUCAUCUUUACUCUUCAAGCAUGGCUUUCCAACACGCCAAACACGGAGUCUAAAUACUCUCAAAUCCACAAAUCAACCCUCACCACCGCUAUGAAGCUUCUUGAGGAUGGGUAUUUGCUGCAGUCGGGAAAGCUCCUCCCAGACUUUGCAUGGUUCUUCCAACAGCAGCCCCAACUGUAUGCAUUGUUCCUUGUGCUGCGCACUCUUGGUGCCUUCCCUGAUCAUGCGGAAGCCGACAGCCCAUGGCUUGCAGUUGAUAAUUAUUUCACUUGUCUUACUGAACUCGAAGAGGCAAACGAGUUGAAGGGCAGGACAAGCUGUUUUUGGGCAGUUCUCGGCCCCCUCUACGAGAAAGUCAAGAAGUCACAUUUCCAGUCCCGUGGAGUGGAGCCAGAGGGCGUGAACAUGGGCAAAACGGGCAUCCAGAUCAAUGUUGACCCUUCAUUGCCCUUAUCAACAGCCGAACCCAACGAUUCAAUGCCUCUGAGAACGCAACUUGCCUUGGAACAACAGUAA